AUGUAUAUUGUUAAUUGUAAAAAGUUGUAUCAAAAUAGUAGUUUAAAGAGAUUGAUUAGAUUUAAAGGAUUAGAAAUUAUAGAUAAAGAUCAUACAGUGAUAUCAGAACUGUUUCAAGCAAUAGUCAAAAGAUUCAACUUAUUAUCUUUCAGAGAUAUAUUAUUGAAUAGUGUGGCAGAUCAACAUAUCAUACUACCCGACAAAGACAAGACCAAGAAAAUUAUCUACCCAGAAUGGAUAAAAGAUCACAUCACUGCAGGGAAUAGAGGAGAUAAAAGUAAUGGUAACAUUACAACAGCGUUGGAUUAUGGAUUUAAUGAUAUAUACGAUAUACAAUCAAUCGAGACGCUAUACAUCAACCAAGACAAAUCAAAGAUAGAUCUUGGCCCAAUCUCAAGAUUACCCAAUCUCCAACGACUGUCAGUUCGUUGUGAAGACCCAUUCAAACUUGGUCAACAUACAACACUCAAGUCUCUUGAACUCUUUACAGAUGCUCAUUACGAAAUAAGGGACUUGAAGCUCACCAAACUAAUCAAUGUACCUCAACGUGACACAUUCAGUACAUUAAAGUCAUUGGUUGAAUUAAAGAUCGACAUGUAUCCUCUCGAGAUGGAAUUGGAAGAUGAUGAAUUAUCCAAACUACAAUUCAUUGAUCUUGACGGCCUACCCAACCUCGAGACAUUCAAGUAUCAAGAAUUCUACGACUAUUCAGUGGACUACUCGAUCGAGAUUAGUCUACCUCCUUCACUCAAGAUUCUUCAUCUCAUUUAUGAUCACAUACAAAUACCAUCACAUACCACCAUUGUUGGAGGAAUUGUAUGUGAAUCAACAGAGACAAACAUACAAUGA